AUGGCCGCCAGCUUCUUCGCUGGUGCGCUGGCGUUGGGCGCCUCCCUCUACGUGGGCAAGGACCAGGUCCCGAUGCUCAAAGCUUGGUGGUCAGAAGCUGGAAACAUCGUGUACGACGGAGAAGUGCGCGCAGCGUUCUCGCGCAACGUCUCAUCGUGCCCAGGUUCGUCGCUAGUUUCACUCCCGCGGUUCCCCCGAGGAGGAUACGAACUCGCGUUAUCUGCAUUUCAUGAAACCGACACCGGCAUUCAUGCCCGCUUAGACCUCGCCGGACCGGCGUGCAACGCAUACGGUCAUGAUAUUGAAACUCUAAUCCUAGAAGUUACUUACGAGACACAGGACAGGUUGCACGUUAAUAUCUACGACAAGGCCCGCUCGCAGUUUGCGAUACCUUCCUCAGUCAUAAACGUAGAUCAGGGCUCUCGCGAACCAUCUCUCAAACGAAACUCGGAUCUCGUCUUUAACUACGAGGGUUCCCCCUUCGCUUUCUGGAUCACACGACGCUCCGAACCGGAUGGUGUCCCGCUCUUCGACACCCGCGCCUCUUCUCUUCCGAAGACUCCCAUCGCCCCGAUCAUCCCGUCCGACAAGCGCACUGCACUCAAUGGCUUCCCUCUUGUGUUUGAGGACCGGUACUUACAGCUCACAUCUGCGCUCCCCCUUGACACGAACAUCUAUGGUUUGGGGGAGGUCGUUGCAACAAAUGGAUUCCGUCGUGACACGGGCGCACACGGAGGUGAAGGCACAAUUCAAACCAUGUGGGCUCGCGACGCCGCGGACCCCGAAGACGAAAACAUCUAUGGCUCCCACCCCAUCUAUAUGGAGCACCGUUAUGACGAGAGGACGAAGAAGUCCAAGUCGCACGGUGUAUUCUUGUUCAACUCUGCUGGUUCCGACGCCCUCCUCCUUACCCCUCCUUCAUCAUCUGUCUCCCUCCUCCAGUACCGCAUCCUUGGUGGCAACCUCGACUUCUACUUCCUUUCUGGUCCAGGUCCGCAGGAAGUCAUCCAACAAUACGGCGCCCUCAUCGGCCUUCCGACAUGGCAGCCGCUGUGGGGCUUCGGCUUCCACCUAUGCCGCUGGGGCUACAUGUCCAUCGCGGAGACACGCGAUCAAGUGCAGCGUAUGCGCGACGCGAACGUCCCGCUCGAGGUGAUGUGGAACGACAUCGAUCUCUACCAUGACUACCGGGACUUCACGGCGGACCCGGUGAGCUUCAACGCGGAGGAGGUUCGGACGUUCAUCCGUGAACUGGGCUCGAAUCAUCAGUACUACAUUCCUAUCGUCGAUGCGGCUGUUGCACACCAGACCAACAGAACGGAUGUUGUGAGUAAGAACCCUAACGGCACUGAAUACGUUGGACAAGUUUGGCCAGGAUACACUGUCUUCCCGGAUUGGUUCUCCGACAAUGCGGCAUCUUUCUGGACCGAUGCUCUGACCAACUGGUCCAAGUCUGGCGUAGAGUUCUCAGGAAUCUGGCUCGAUAUGAACGAGAUCGCAUCGUUCUGUAGUGGUUCUUGUGGUUCAAAUGCCGACUGGUCGGACACGUCUGUACCUUUCAGCCUUCCCGGAACCCCUGGAAAUCCUGUGAAGCACUGGCCUGAGGGAUACGAUGCGAGCGUAUGGGGGAAAAGUGGAAAUAUCACGAUAAACGGCAAGCCCACGUAUGACCCGAAAGUCCGACCCCCGAUGUACAGACGCGCCCUGGACGAUGGGCCGGAGAUCGACCUGAGCGCUCCGCCCUACGCGAUCCACAAUGCAUAUGGCGAGCUCGGUUUCAAGACUGUCGCACCUUUCGCUAUGCAUGCCAACGGCAUCUCAGAACUCGACGUGCACAACCUCUGGGGCCUCAUGGAAGAGAAGGUGACGCACGGCGCGCUGCUCAAGAUCCGCGACAACAAGCGGCCCUUCAUUAUCUCCCGCUCCACCUUCGCAGGAUCUGGCAAGUGGACAGGCCACUGGCUCGGGGACAACUUCUCCAAGUGGUCCUACAUGCACUACAGCAUCCAAGGCGUGCUGCAGUUUCAACUCUUCCAGAUUCCGAUGGUUGGAGCGGACACCUGUGGCUUCGAAGGGAAUUCGGAUGAGGAACUGUGCGGCAGGUGGAUGCAGCUAAGCGCAUUCCUACCCUUCUACCGGAACCACAACAUCCUCGGCGGCAUCCCGCAGGAGCCGUACGUAUGGGACAGCGUGGCGAGUGUAUCACGCAGCGCGAUCGCCACGCGGUACAGCAUGCUUCCGUACUGGUACACCCUCUUCGCCAACUCCUCGACCUUUGGCUCUGCCCCCGUCCGCGCCCUUUUCUUUGAGUUCCCCGACGAGCCCGAGCUCUUCCCCAUCGACCAACAGUUCCUCCUCGGCCGCGACAUCCUCGUCACCCCAGUGCUCACCCCGAACGCAUCCACCGUUGCCGGCAUCUUCCCUGGGCGCGGCACGGUCACCUGGCGCGACUGGUACACCCACGCGUCGAUAGCCAUCCCCACCGACGGGUCUCCGGUCACGCUCGACGCUCCCCUCGGGCACAUCAACGUCCACGUCCGGGACGGCGCCACGAUCCUCCUGCACGCGGAGCCCGGAUAUACGACCGCGGAAACUGCGGCCGGCCCGUACGCGCUUCUCGUGAGCCAGGAUAAGGACGGAUACGCUUUCGGGACGGCAUACGUUGACGAUGGAGACACGAUGCCUCCCACACCUAACUCGACGAUCAAGUUUGUGGCGAGCAAGGGCAAGGUUACGGUCACGGUCGCGGGUAACUUCCACGUCGCGCAAAAGCUCGAGACCGUCACAGUCCUCGGCGUCGGGGCGACGUCGCCAGCGGCGGUACAAAUCAACGGGAGGGAGGUCCCUGCGGGAGACUGGGAGUAUGUCGAGGGAGUGGAGAAACUGGUCGUGAAGAACGCAGAGAUCGACCUGAACGAGGAGACGACCGUCACUUGGGCCUAA